UAUAAAACAUAAAAUAAUGUUUUGAUAUCAUAAUUUGUGAUAGAAUUUUUAAUACUUGAGUUGAAACGAAAAGCGUAUAUUUAAAAAGAAGCAAAUAUAAGUUAGGUAAUGGAAAUACAGUUAUAUCUUAAUACCUUUAGUUUAUAUAAACUGCGCUAAACAUCAUCGGCCUUAUAACACGGUAAUUUUAACUUUAUUCUCAAAAUUUGUAAACAUUAUGAAAUGCGUCAAACGCAAUCGCAUCGCUAUCCACACGUUCUACGCACGUGUGUUAACGUUCUGUUUGGAAGCACAUGGAAAUGCACAUGGAGGGAUCUUUUGCACUAUUUUGAGAUGAAAGGUUUCAGUGAGUUCUUAAAUGCGAGCAACUUUAAUGUAAUCAGUAGCCAUACUUGCUUGCAAAACAUGUCGAGAAAAUUAUGUAAGAAGAUACGAAGCAAAAAUGGAGGAAACGAUCCAUGUGCAAGUUGAAGACCUUGAUAGAGCAUAUCUUCAAUAUCGUAUAAAUCCUGGCUGUUGGGCGUCGGUGUUGCACGCCCGCGAAAGUGUCACAAAAUUGUAACGAUAAUCAUACGUACACUUCAUUUAGUAGCGUGUUCCAUUAACGUUGCGUACGGCCCAGUAAUCUAUUUCUUCGAUAAGAAGUAUAUAUUCAACAAUAUAUUCACAUUCAUGUUCUGCAUAAGCUGGGUGAUUAGUUACGUAUCUGCCUAUUAUUACGUUUAUCAAGGGAUCAAGCAGUACAACAAGUGGUCGAAACUGAUAGACACGAUAAGGGAGUUUGACCAAAAGAUUAGGAUGAAAAUAUCAAUGAAUGACCAGCCAGUAAAAAACGCGGUAAUGCUAGCGAUUCUCGCAAUUUUCGAUUUUUGUGUUUUGUUCAUAUACGUGAUGCAUAACAUUUACUUAGAAGAAUUACGGAUUAAAAGAAAUAAUAACUUAAGUUUACUUCCUGAAAACUUUACGUACCAAUUAAGGUUUACUUUGCAGAGAAUAAGUUUAAGAUGCAAAACAAGUCGUCAAUUUAUGUGCCAGAUUUGCAGCUUUAAUACAUGUUAAUCCAAUCGAUGACCAACAACUUUGUCUUCAUUAUUAUCGUCUACAUUUGUCUGGAAUGUGAAGACUGUGUCAGAAACGAGGUCGCUGAUUUUUCAAAUCAGCUGCAACAGCAUCGCAUAGUAUUUAAGGCCCACAAUUUCUUCGAAAUAAACAAUUCUCUGUUCAGUUAUUUCGUUGGGGUUAUCAUCAGUUAUCUAAUAAUUCUUAUUCAAUUUUAUAAACCAGUUGAUCAUUGCAUAUUCCAAUUGGAUGACUGUCACGUAUUUUGAGGUCACAAAAGUUCUUUGCAUUAACUUUGCAUAGUGUAUUGACGGUAAUAGUUUUUUAAAUGUUGAAAAAGUUGAUAAUUAACAAACUGAAUCUUAUGAAAUAUAUAAAGUGGUGAUUUGAUAUUAAUAUAUUUGUAUUUUUGAUGCUUAACUUGAUACUAAAGAAUAGCGUAUGCAAAAGAAGCGAAUGCAAGUUGAUAAAUGCAAUUUAUUAAUAAAAUUUUAACUAAACACGUUUUGGUUUUCCAUUUGAGUCACCGUCACAAGAUUUUACAAAAGAAGUCCUUACUGGAUCAGAGACGCAGUAUUUUCUGCAAAAAGGAAUGUCAGAAUGUAGCAACUGUGUAAUAAAUAAUAUUAGAAAAUUAUUUUGAAAGUAUCAAAAUGUGUAAGAAUUAACUUGUCCUGUGAUUAAUCUGUACAUGAUUAACGUUUUAUUGUGAGAUCAAAUUACAAUGUGUCUAGCUACUCGUAUUUAUCCGUCGACUUUUGAGAUACAUGUUAUCUAUUCUUUUCGCCUAACUAAUCCAUAAUAAUGACACGCAAUCUAAUAUUGUAGAUUUUGAAAAAGUAUACCUUGUUCUUUAUUCUUCUGUGAUGCAUCAAAAGAAUUUAGAAGAUGCGCUCGUCAGCAUUUUACUUCUGGAAAAACUUCACCCUUUUUUUUACAAAAUACAUUGAAACCUCGUAAUAGAGCACAAUUCGGGGCUCUCUGCCUUAGAACAUGGUAAUUCCCACUUCAAACCGUGAAACACGCCAAACGGAGUUGUGCUGCUAUCCUCAUCUGCCACGCACGUUCAAUAUUACAUAAUGGAAACGCAUAUGGAGGGGGUUUUUCGCGCUAUUUCGAGAUAGUGAAAGGUUUAGUGAAAUCUGUAUCGCGAGGAGCUUUAAUGUAAUCAGUAGCCAUACUCGCUUGCAAAACGUGUCGAUAAGAUUAAGUAAGAAGAUGGAGGAAAAAUGGGGGAGCGAAUAUGAAGGAAAAAGCGAAAAUGGAGGAAAAAGCAAAAAUGAAGGAAAAAGCGAAAAUAGAGGAAAAAGCAAAAUGGAGGAAAAAACGAAAAUGGAGGAAGAGAUCCAUGUGCAAGUUACAGACAAUUCGCCUUCGAUAGAACACAUCUUACGUCCAAUAUCGUACAUCUCCUGGCUCAUGGGAGUUGGUGUUGCACGUCCGCGAAAGUUUCCCAAGGUUAUAACGAUAAUCGUACGUGUCCUUCACUUGAUUGUAUGUUCCAUUCACGUGACAAAGGCAAUAGCUAUCAUCAACUACAAAACUACUCCUACAUCAAACGAUAUAUAUACGUUCAUGUUUUAUACAAACUUGGUGAUUUGCUAUGUGUCGUCAUAUUACUACGUUUGUCACGGGAUCAGUCAGUAUGACAAGUGGCCGGAGCUGAUGGACACAAUGUCGAAGCUUGAUCAAAAGAUCAGGAGAGAAAUAUCGAUAAAUGAUCAACCAAUAGAACGUGUGGAAGCGCUAGCUUUUAUCGCGGGUUUCAUUUGCUGUCUUCCGUUCGUGAUCGUGCACGUCUUCCAUUGUCAUCUUAAAUAUCCAGAGUGUAUUACGUCGUUCGACUUAUUGUUUUACUACAUUUUAGCUCAGUCGUUGAUUAACAGUUCCGUCUUCGACAUUAUCGUCUACGUACUAUAUUCUAGAUUCCAAAUGAUAAAUAAAUUGCUCGGCCAGUUGGAUGAGUCAUUUGAUACGUCAUGGAUCACGCUCAAGAUUAGAUGCAUCAGAGAAUUGCAUAAUGGUACUCGUCUUCUCGUCAUCAUGUUAAACGAUAUUCACGGUUUUCAUCUUCUCCUCUGCUCGGCCAACUGCUUUACUAUGGUCUUGACUACAUUAUUAAGAGUCUACAUAGGCCUCGUGAAAGGAGAAAGUGUUUUCAUGAUAAUACAUGCCAAUAUUCUUUGGGUUUUGUAUGUCGCGCAAUUUGGUUUAAUGUGUUGGAUUUGCACACUCGCGCGUGAAGAAUCACAGAGAACCGGAACAUUUAUAUACGCAUUUGUAUUAAAAUGCAAAAAUCUGUACCUAAACUGUGUCAGAAACGAGGUCAAUGAUUUUGCAAUUCAGCUACAACAUCGAGUUGCAUUUACAGCCUGCAAUUUCUUCGAAAUACACAACGUUUUGUUCACUGGUUUCAUCGCUGUUAUCAUGGCUCAUCUAAUAAUCGUCAUACAAUUUUAUACGCCACCCGAAGAGUCACUUGAUUACUGGGGCGCUUUAUCGGGAAUAUUAUAGCGACAUAUAAAUAUUUCAGUGUUCAGCAAUAAAAAGAUUUUUACAAUAACUUUUUAUUGUGUAUCGACGAUAAAAAUUUUUCUAAAUAUUGAAAUUUGUUAAUUAAAAGAAAUAAGUCUAA